GUAUAUAGAUAUUUGAAGUAUGUUUUGUCUACAGAUUUUAGUGAUACACUUCCCAAUGAGAAAUACUUGAUAUAACCACACAGAGGAGUGAGAUAACUAAAAUGUUACAGAAAAUUUUCUACUUUACCUGAAAAACGCAAGUUCAUUUCUUUAAGACGUAAAAAUGUCUUGAAGGCGUAACUGCCAGUGACGUUACGAAAGCAACAAGACCUCCUGCCAUAAUUAAAGACAAGGUCGUGUACCGUCUGGGCAAAUAUUAAUAGAAGAAAACAAUAGAUGAAGUUCUAAAUAUAUACCACGGCCGCAGAUCGUGAAGGACGAACUCUUCCAUCAUUAAAAUACAGUUAAGAAAUACCAUCCGCAAAGUUUUCCCAAUUAACCAAACACAUGCGUGUAUUAACAUCUUCAAACACAGGUUUUCAAGCCCGACAUUGUCCAAACAGACCAUUCUUGUUUGACGCUGGGAGGUUAUAUGGUGGAGAACGUACUUUUUUACUUUCAAAACCACGUGCUCGAACGAGAUGCCCGAAUCUUUUUGUGAAAAUAGGUCUUCUUUUGAGUUAUGCACCUAAAAUAUAUGACAAAAAUCAAAGCAGUCUGUGUUUUACAUUUCCUGCAUUGUGUAACCAAUGUUUUUUUGUAAAUUCCUAAUUUUAAAAAUGUCUCUGUCUGAGACAUAGUAAAGCCCAGUUAUAUUGGGCAGCAAGCAAUGCACGGGCGGGACCCCAGGCUAUUGUGAAGUAGGCAGUUGUUGAGUAAAAUGAUCGUUCCAACUCACAUCUGGAGCCUGGCUCUGUCCGUCCUGAAUCUGGUCUCCCGAGUGGCCCUGUCUGACUCCUCCUUCAAGUCCCGUCUCCCGGAUUACCGAGACCACGCAUGCGCCCGUGAGUGCGAGGAGGACGGUGCCCCUUUGACCUGCCAGUACGACUUCACCCUAGAAUACUACUACACCCUGACCCAAGCGUGCUAUGGCUGCCCCUAUAACACCACCGACUGCUUCCGGCCCCACUGCGUGGCGGCUGACGGGGUGUCACGGGGGAUAAUGACCGUCAAUAGAAUGAUGCCUGGCCCCGCGAUACGUGUGUGUGAAGGCGAUACAAUCAUUGUAAAUGUCAAAAACAAGCUGGAGGGAGGGGAGGGAACUGCGAUUCACUGGCACGGGAUUCUUCAGAGUAAGACGCCCUACAUGGACGGGGUGGCGAUGCUGACCCAGUGUCCCAUCAACAGACACCAAACAUUCCAGUACAAGUUUUUAGCCGAGACUCCGGGUACCCAUUUUUGGCACGCCCAUGCUGGUUUACAAAGAGCAGACGGCGUGUUUGGCGCUCUUGUUAUUCGUCAGCCAAAAUCACGUGACUAUCAUUCUGCCCUCUAUGAUCAUGAUUUGCCGGAACAUACCAUUUUACUCAACGACUGGAUCGGUGAAAUGGGCGCCUCACGAUUUGCUGGUCACCAUCAUGCUAUGACAGAACAUCUCCCAGAAUCAAUUUUGAUCAAUGGACGGGCAACACUUAAAACCUUUCCACCCCGCUCAGAAGGCGGCGCUCACAAUGGUCAUGGAGGUCACGUGAUGCCUAUGGAAACCAAUGGACAUCAACUAGCAGGCCAUUCAAUGCAUGAAUCUAGUGGUAAUCAACACAACGAUCACGCGAUGCAUGAAUCGAGCGGAAACCAACAUUCAGAUCACAUGAUGCGCGAAUCAAGCGGAAAUCAACAUUCAGAUCACAUGAUGCAACAUGAGUCAAGCGGAAACCAACAUGCAGGUCACAUGAUGCACGGAUCAAGCGGAAACCAACAUGCAGGCCACAUGAUGCACGGAUCAAGCGGAAACCAACAUGCAGGCCACAUGAUGCAAGAGCCAAACGGCCAUCAAAUGCCCAUGCAUAGCAACGAUAAUGGUGUCCGGCAGACAACAAGCAGUGAUAACGAAAAUUCCAUGGACUCUCUUCCGACGACUAAUCCUGCAAUGCAUAACAUGCACAACAUGCAUAACAUGCACACAUUGGGAAUGCCGACCACGCAUGGUGACCACAGUAUGGGAAUGAACACAAUGGGGAUGAACGGAGGCGAUCACAGCAUGCACAAUAUGAACUCUAUGGGAAUGAACAACGGUGAAGGCCAUAUGAACAAUGGCGACAACGAAAUGCCCAGUGCUAUGGAGUCUCUAACAACGCUUUCGAACUCGGAUCUGGAACAAAUGCUGGCCAAUUCCGAACACCAAAUGCAUCAGAUGCACCAGAUGUCCAUGCGCAGGCGACGAAGUGCCAAUGAAAACUCUGUCACCGCUCCAACAACCAGUGACGAUUCGGAUAAACCGUCCCCUUCACCUGUCCCCGUCCAAACGCCACAUUCCAUUCUUAUGGUUAAACAAGGCCAGCGCUACAGGUUUAGAGUGGCCAGUAAUGGCGUCAACAACUGCCCUAUCGAAUUCUCUGUCGACAAUCACACCAUCAUCGUCAUCAGCUCCGACGGUACCCCUUUCAAACCCGUUCAUGUUCAGUCUUUCAACAUAUUUGCUGGAGAGCGAUACGACUUUAUACUCAACGCUAAUAAACCAAGUGGUAAUUAUUGGAUUCGGACUCGUGGUCUCGCUGAUUGUGGGUCCGAUUACAACUCUGUUAGUCAAACUGCCAUCUUGCGAUAUGAAGGUGCAAUGCCCAUGUUUCCAAAGGAGUCCACAGAUUAUGAUGCCAUGGAGAGAUCUGGAAUGAAAUUGAAUCCAUUCAACAAGAAUUCUGAUUCACACACGAUGAAUGUAGACCGCAUGGAGUCUCUUAUCCCUGACGACAUCUCGCUCAAGGUCAAACCAGACCGAGUGUUCUAUCUGGGAAUGGAUUUCAAUAUGAUAGAGAAUUAUCGGUUUAACGAUCCCGACUUCUACCCUCUCCAGCACAUGAUGCACAAAGAAGGAGGAGGGGGACACGCCCAUCACAUGUUUUCGCCCCAGAUCAACAAGAUCUCCUACUCAGCCCCUCCUUCGCCGCCACUCAGUCAAUACACCAAGGACAUGGAGGAUAGCUUUUGUGAUCAUAAUUCUUUCAAAGAAAAGAAUUGCAAAAAAGAGUUGUGUGAAUGCACGCACAGAGUCAAGAUCAAGCUUGGAGAGGUCGUAGAAAUGGUGCUAGUAGACGAAGGAAAGCACAUGGACAACAACCACCCAAUGCACAUGCACGGAUACAACUUCCGGGUUGUUGCCAUGGAGAAGUUGGGCAAUAGUACUUCUGUCGAACAUGUGCGCUUACUGGAUGAUAUGGGAUUGAUUAACAGAAAGUUACAUCGAGCCAUCUCAAAGGAUACUGUUACCGUACCAGAUGGAGGUUACACUAUCAUCAGGUUCCAUGCCACCAAUCCAGGAUUUUGGUUAUUCCAUUGUCACAUCGCCUUCCACAUGGAAAUGGGGAUGAGUAUGGUCAUCCAAGUAGGAGAACCGGAACAGAUGCCUAAACCUCCCCCGAAUUUCCCGCGCUGUGGCGACUGGACGCCCAAGGAGCAGGAGCAGCCCGAGGAGAAUCUCUGCCCUUCGCCGCCGCCGCCACCGUCGGCCGCCAACUUCGCAAUAGAUCCGCCAACGUCCACCGCCGCACCUGUGGUCACUACCAGCUCGCCUCGCCCCUCCGACACCAUUUCUUCUACAGUCCCGCCUUUGCAUCAGAUUUACCUGGGUGGAAUCCAACAGACAACUGAUGUUAAUUUGAAGGAUGUUACACUUCACUACGCGUUGCUUGUAUGGAUGACCGGGAAAAAGAACACCCUGAAGUCUCAAAAAUCACCCACUGCUACGCUCGGAGGUCAUGGCCACCAUCUAACUAAUAGCGGAAAGAAACUCAAACAUCAUAAAAAGCACAAAAAACUCUCAGUGGGUCAUCCAAAAACAGAUCCUUAUGGAGGUCAGUCCAAAUCUAACCUCACCAAACAUCAGUUCCACAAAUCAUCAUCCAACAAGCCGGCGGCGCCCCAUAACCUUCCACUAAUGAGCAUCAAAUCAGCCAAGGUGCCAAGCUCAUCCAAAAGCAGCAUGAUCGAGCUCACAAACCUACCCAAAAUGAUCGUGCCAGCUCACUAUAUCAAGAAAAUCAUCUCCGACCAGAGUGUGCAAAAGAAAAGCAGAAAUGGGUCCUUCCACCCGAGAGGAAGGAACAUGGCAAAUAGAGAGCAUGGAGGAAGAUUGUCCACUUCAAUGGGAACCAUUGGCAGACAAAAUAUUACUUUGCAUGCUGUUAACAACCAAAGGCAGGCAGCCUACCACGAAAGAUCCAGAGGAUUCCCUAAACCCGUGCGAGGAGGGCCGACUGUUUUGAACACUAUGUCUUCGCCGAAAAUAGACAGGCAUACAAACGAUUUACAGAAAACAUUGCCAAUCAGAAAUAGAAAUCACAAUGAUCGAUUCGGAAAGUUACGAAACUUGUCAGCAGCAAGACAUAGAACUAGUCACAGUCUAUCGCGUGUGAAGAGAGAAUUAGUGAAUAGACUCCUUUUAAAGUCGUCUCCUUUAUGAUGAAUAGGUUUACACCAAGUGGUACAGAAAUCCAACCCUGCUUCUCAAACGAGAUGAGAGAGAAUCGACACAAAUUUCAGGAGGGCAAACUUGAGAAUUUUACGUUAAGUGGACUCUUUGUCUUUCAACUCUAAAAACGUAAAAUAAAAACUCAGUUCACCUCUGUCGAUUGAUCACGUCUGUGUCAAAUUAGCCAGGAAAUGACGCAGUUGAUUACGUCAGCAAGCUAGAUUAGGCACCGGUGGAUGACGGAAGCAUGCUGUUCAUUGGAUCGGGUUUUGUUGCUCAGCGGAAGGGAAUAAUGGUUUUCAAUGAACCAUAAUAUAUUUGUUGCCGUGUUUUAAUUCAUUUAUUUAUAUCGGAUUCAUAGAAACCUUUUCUGGGAUUAUUAUAUAAUUUUUGACGAACUGAAGUAAUAGAAAACUUACUUGUAAGUUUUGCAUAUCUGAUAUAGGUUUGUUUUGAUUUUCAUAUUCUAUUCAUUACUCAUAAUAUUCAUGAUUUUUGUUUUUCAAAUUUUUGCUUUGUAAAAUUGUUAAGGAACUCUUUUUACGGAUAUAUGAUUGUUUUCGAGUUUACAAAAAGAUUGUUUUAUAUAAUGAUGUACACAUGUUUUCAUUUUGGUGCAAUAAUAGAAUGUAUCCCCUUAACCAUCUUACUGUAUUCCAUGUAUGUAUGAGUUCGAGAAUGUUUGUUUCGUUUUACUUUUUUGCCUUGUUUUGUGAAUUACUCUUCAGUUUUGUCAAAUAUUUUUCGUAUAUUUGUAAAUGAAGAGUAUUUUGGGAUUUUUGCCUGCUUGAUGCAAAAUAUAUACAAUAAUUAACAUUUGAAUAGAUAUUUGAGAUGAAAAAAAAGUUUCUUAUAUCUUUAUAAAUUUACAAUUUUGAAGUUUAUUUUUGGAGUCGCGUCUUCAAUCAGUAAGUCUUUAUUUAUACAAUCUCAUUACGCUUUAUAUACAUGUAAUACCCUAAUUUGGUUUUCAUUUGUGUAAAUUUAUAAUUGAACAAUAUUCAUAUAUUAAUUUUAACCGUUUUUAAUGAUCAUCGAAGUAUUGAAAAAGGGAAUCACAAUAAAUGGAUCAACUUUUA